AGCCGCUCUGGCUCAGGACGCCCUCGGGCUCGGGGCGUCUGGGGCCGGCGGCGGGGCGGCCCGUGCGGCCGAGGGCCACACGCCGCGCGCGUUGGCUGGCCGGCCCACGCGUCAAUGGCGGGGAUGAAGCAGUACUGGCUCGGGUCGCCGGACUCCGACGACCGGCAGCGCUCGCCGGACGAGGUGCGGAUCAUCCGCGAGAUGACGACCCAGGAGGUCGAGGCGUUCCUGACGGCCAACCCGGUGGACGCCGGCUCCGCGAACCAGCUCCGGAACGAGCCUCCGUACAUCGCGCUCCAGGUGAUCGACCGCGGCAAUUUGAGGGGGUGCAGAGACCCGAGCGGCGUGCUGGUCGCGAGGAUGCGCGACGCGCGCCGCGGGACCCUUAUCCCCGGUCCGUCCGCACAGCCGCCACCCGUGGUCCAGGUGGACCCCAAUGCCAGCGAGGUGGAGAAGUUCUGCGCUAUGAACCGGAUCGACCUGAACGCGACCCACGCCCUGAAAGCCGAGUCCGAGGAGGUCCAGCGGGCCGUGAUGGCCAGGGGCCAGCUGACCAGCGCCAGGAACCCCAGCGGGUCACUCAUGGCGCGGAUCCGCGUCGUCAAGGAGGCGGGCGCCGCGGCGCUGCUCCCCGGCGGCCAGCCCACCGCGAGCUUGAUGGGGCAGCAGCCGGCCGCGCUGAUGGCGAUCUUGGGGCUGCCGCAGCCCGGCGCCAUACCGUCUGGGCCAGUGCCAGGGCAGCCGCCGCCGCCGCUCGCCCUGACGGGCGGCGCAACAGCGCCGGCGGGGGGAGCGGGCGGCAUCAGCAUGGACGUGGCCGGCGAGGCGCUGAAGGCGAUCCAGAAGAUGAGCCAGGCGCCGCCGGGUGGCGCACCGGCGGGGGACGGGCCGAUGGAUAUGCUGGCGGCCGCGGAGAAGCAGUUGCGGGAGCAGAAGGCAGCGGGCGGCGGGGUCAACCCCGAGGACAUCUGAGGCGGCCCCUUCCCCAGACAUCCGACGUCUCGAUUUUUUCGAGGCGCGGGCCCCGGACCUCCCGACCACUUCCCUGGUGCCGGUUCUUCGCCCCGAGCCGUCUUUCGACGGCCCCGAGGCCCGGCGAGGGCCCCG